UUGCAGGGGGAGGAGCUUCAACAGUGCCUGGGACUUGCGACCCAAGUUGGCGCUCCGACCUCGCCUGACUGGCAGGGGGCUGGGAAUCCUGUUUGCGUCCAGCCCCCUGCUGGCGAUUGCCCACCUUCUGGCGGACCCCUCACGCCCCCCCAGGUGGGGGGGGGCUCUGUUGUGGCCGAAGCGCACGGCCAUCUAUGGCCGUCGCAGGGGCGGGUGAAGAUGGACGCUGUGUGCGCCACCUUCCGCCCCUUCUCCUUCUACGGAGCGCUGGCGCUGAGGGAUCGUCCUCGCGCUGCCGCUCCGCCGCCUCCUUCUGUGACAUUACGUCCUCGCAGAAGGAGGCAACUGCAGUCCACGCCUCCUCACUCCCCAGCAUGGCGGUGA